AUGGCAGACUCGGGAGAAGAACGAGAGAGAAGCGCCAUCCUAUCCAAAGUCACACGACCAAUAAAAGCAUUCUCCCAAGAAAUUGGGCUCGUCGCGCUCUUCCACGCACCAGCAGACACACAAAUCCUGAUACUGCAGCGCUUCGUGCGCUUGUUUGCAUAUGGAGGGUCGACGCUGAUCCUCGCGUCCUAUCUCUCAGCGCUGGGCAAUCCAAACGCGAGGAUCGGCUUGUUCAUGACCUUGACACUCGCGGGCGAUGUGUUCCUCAGUUUCCUCCUGACGCUGGUUGCAGACGGGCUGGGCAGGCGGGCGAUCCUGGUGCUGGGCGCGGCGUUGAUGAGUGUCAGUGGCGUUGUGUUUGCCUCGAGUGGGAAUUUUUGGGUGCUGCUCGCUGCGGCGAUUGUGGGCGUCAUUAGUCCCAGUGGCAACGAGAUAGGCCCGUUCCGCGCAAUCGAAGAGUCGACCAUAGCACAUCUGACAGCCAGUGGGGAUCGAAGUGACAUCUACGCCUGGUACUCGCUGAUCGGCACCGCUGGGACGGCAUUGGGGUUCGUCGGAUGCGGAUGGAUCAUCACCGUCUUGACGCACGAGAAACACUUCUCAUCCAUUGGUGCCUACCGUGUUAUUUUCUGCAUCUACGCUGUUGUCGGACUGGUCAAACUAUCCCUUGCUUUGCUGCUGAGCAAGGCUUGCGAGGUCGAUGGCACGCCGAAAUCUACCGCAGCUGCAGCCGCUGCUUCUUCUGCUCCCACAGAAACGGCUCCGCUGCUUGGGAAUGGGAGCGUGAAUGCAAAUGGGACAGUGGAGCAAGACGACAACGACAGUGGCAAUGACAACGAUAUCAAGAAGGACAAAAAGCGCUUCCGUCUGCUACCCAACAUCAGCGAGGAAAGUCAAGUCGUGCUUCUGCAACUAUGCAUACUAUUUGCAUUUGAUAAUUUCGCGUCAGGCCUGGCCCCAUUAUCAUGGGUGACGUUUUUCUUCAAGCAGAAGUUCGGGCUCACGGAAGGGAAACUGGGAUCCAUCUUCUCCAUCACGGGAAUCAUAUCGGCGGUCUCAAUGUUGGUGGCAUCGUCCAUUGCCAAACGAAUCGGGAAUGUCAAGACCAUGGUAUUCACACACCUACCAUCAGCGAUCUGCCUGGCCUUGAUCCCCGUGCCGUCGACACUCACAGGCGCGCUAGUCUUCCUGGUCGGCCGCGCAUGCACACAAGUCAUGGACACGGCGCCGCGGUCGGCAUUCCUGGCCGCCAUCGUCCUCCCACAUGAACGCACGGCUGUCAUGGGCACCAUUAACCUGGUCAAGACGUUCUCCCAGAGCUUGGGUCCUCUCAUUACUGGUGUCCUCGGAACAAACAACCACUUCUGGGUGGCAUUCGUUGCCGCGGGCUGCUUGAAGGCGACUUAUGACUUGGGCUUAUUGGCUGUGUUUGCUGGGUCCAAGAGUCGCGGGCGUGGACGUGAGCAUGAGCAGAGAGGCGAGGUUCGGAACGACGAAGAGACUACUGCUCCGGCACCGGUGCGGACGACAUCAUCGAACUAG